AUGGAUUUUGCAAAAACUGCUACAGCUCCAUUGUUAACAUCGCCGGAGCUCGAUGUAAGGGAGGCUUUCGCAAAGGUCAUCCACAUAUGGAAAGAACGUUGUCAUACAGUAAAUAGGCGUUUAUUAGGCGUUGUGUCAGUAGAUGAACAGAAUUCUAGGCACGAUAAUAUGUUAACAUUACCUCAUGUAUUUUCGAAAAAUGUUGAAAUUCGAAAAUUCAUUCCUAGAUCACCCGAUGUUUUUUCGACCUGCGCAUAUGAAGCUUCUUUUUGUUUAGAUGAAUAUGUUGUGGAAUUUCGGCCUUAUGUAUUGGACGAGAAGCGACAUCCUCAUAUUUCUUUUCCAUACCGUAUUGCUUUGGAAGAAAUCUCAGAUCAGCAAUGGAAUCUAAGCCUUUUCAUCUGUAACAAUGCGACUAAUUAUAAUUGGUUGCAGAAAGUCGCAUUUCCGCGUUUAUUGAAAUGGUUUUCUGAAAUUGAUGAACGGAAGGAUAUCACAAUUUCGCACAGAUUAAUUAAUAUGGAACUUUAUUCCCAGGUCUAUUGUGAAAUCAAAAAUAAGUGGGGCCAGCAAAUUGCAGCAACCUGGACUGAAAGGACGAAUCCACAGAAAUUUGUUUAUGAAGACUGCGCUAUUGCAGCUUAUCUAAUUGUCUACUGGCGACAAAAAGGCUUUUUACCACAAAAAUUUUGUGAUAUUGGUUGUGGUAAUGGCUUACUUGUAUAUCUCUUGCAAAAGAUGAAGGUAAAUGGUUAUGGAAUUGAUUUAAGACAACGGAAAAUAUGGGCGAAAUUUGUUGGAACUGACUUGAAAGAAAAAACACUGAAUCCAAAAGAAGAUUUGUUGAGUGAUAGCGAUUUUCUUAUUGGGAAUCACACAGAUGAGCUGACACCUUGGAUACCUAUUAUGGCUGCUAGAUCCAGAAGUAACUUUUUCUUAUUACCAUGUUGUCCAUUUGAUUUUUUUAACCGUUUUCAAAAAAAGUGUGGUAUGGCUGCUGCUAGUUUAUAUUCAUCUUAUCUUUUAUUCAUUCGCAGUAUCUGCUUGAGGUUAGGCUACUGCGUUGAAGAAGAUCGGCUAAAAAUUCCAUCAACGAAGCGCUAUUGUUUCCUUUGCACAGUACCUGCUAGCGGUUUAGUAGAAAAUCUGGAAAAUGUUAUAAGUAAUAUAUUGACGCGUGCGAGUUUACCAAAUUUCGUGCCAAGAGAGAAAAUUGAAAGGAUAAGAAAUUGUUCUAAACUUUCUCGGGAUUUUCAACAGGCACUUACCACAAAAAUAUUCAAACGUUUCUUCGAACUGUCAUCGGACAAAGCAACAGUCUAUUGGCAUGAAAAACAGUCAUGCUCCCUAAAAGAGAUAGCUGAUGUACUUAAUGAGGAAGAAAAAGCGCAGCUUCGAAAUUCAGACGGUGGUUUGCAGACAUUUCUGAAAAAUCAGCAUCAGAUUUUCAAAAUAGUUAAAGGCACUGUUUCAAUACGUAAUUGGGCUGAAGAAGGCAAUCGAAGAGUGGAAGGAAAACUAAGGACAAGGGAUUGUUGGUUUCAUAAAUAUCAUCCAAAUGGUUGCCCAUUAUCAGCUGAAGAUUGUUCUUACAAACAUUGA